CUGGCACUGUCCGGGCUGGUCGGCAUCGUCUCCUGGAAGCGGCCGCUCACCCUGGUGAUCGCCUUCUUCACGCUGCUCUCGGUGCUGGGCGUCAUGCUGAGCCUCGCCGGCUCCAUCCUGUCGUGCCAGAACGCGCAGCUGGUGAAGAGCCUGGAGGCCUGCGAGAGGUGUUUCUUGUCGCCAGGAGAGGGACACGUGUGUCUGCUGCCAGGCCCGCUCGGAGCCCCCGCCCGCCUCCUGCAGCCAGCAGAGCGAGCAGCUCACCAUGUUCCCCAACGCCAACUGCCGGAGCAUCCGUGUGGCGCUCAAGGUGGAGGAGCUGGGGGAUGCAAGGGCUCCCUGGGAAGCGGCCGCAGCCCCGGCCAUGGCUCUGCGGGCUCUGCAGCUCACCCCACUGCUCCCCAGGAUCUCCUCUUCAGUGUCUGUGGCUUGACCAUCUUCUCCACCAUCAUCUGCAUGCUCUCUGCUGUCGUGUGCUGCAUCCAGAUCUUCUCCCUUGACAUCGUUCACGUGCUGGUCCCACAGCGCUCGAGCUCUGUGACAUUGGAAUGCACGUCCCCACCUGACACCUUCCUGCAGAGCAUGAUGGACUUCGAGGAGUUUGUGCCCCCAGUGCCACCUCCCCCCUACUACCCCCCUGAGUACACCUGCAGCUCCGAGACGGAUGCACAGAGAGUGACCCCGGUGUCCCCAUGGCCGGCCGUGCUGCAGAUUUCAGGGAAGUACUUUAUACCAAAGCACUGGAGGACACUGUGUCCGACUCCUCCGCUGAUACAGGGCUGUGCUCCGAGGCCUGCCUGCUCCACCGCUCCCACUGUGACUCCCCGCCGCUGCUCCGGGCUGGCUCCGUGGGGAAGAACAAGCUGCCACCCUCCAAGAAGGUGCCACAGCAGCUGUCCAAGACGGCCACCCGCUCCCUGGGGGACCUCAAGGGCUACCGGGGCACCCGUGGGCUGGUGGCCAGGUUCCUGCAGAGACCCAAGCGCAGCGUGGAGGUGUCUGGGCACAGCUUCCACGGGCACAAACAG